AUGUUCGUCUACCGCCGCGAAGAUCUACCUACGGACCCGGUGUUUCCAGCGGACCUGACAGAACUGGGGUACUUCGUGACCGACCAGGACCAGAUCCGCAAGAUCUCGGACCCAACACAGGAGUUCCAGUACAAGAUCAACCGCAACUGCCGCUGGAAUGAUGUCCAGAGAGAGGCUAUGAACGAAUGCAUCCGCAAGCUUGUCAGCGCCCGCCUGCGCGAUCUCGGUCUCGUCAAUCUGCACCUCCCGCUCCGUGCCACAACCAACGAGGCCCAUGUCCCGAUCAUGGUGUCGAGGAACCUGUCCACGGCCUCGCACAUCAUCGUGGUGUUCGGCGAGCCUAUCCAGGACCUGGGCAUCUGGGCUUACCGCAGCGUUGGCGGUGACGGGAUCGACGCAGGCUCGCUCGUGUCCUUUGCGAGGGCCGUCCUGCGGCAGGGCCAGGCCAAUGGCAAUAGUGGCAAUGGUGACAGUGAUGGUGAUGGUGAUGCAGCAGACAUGCCCAACACCGCGCUGGUGCUGGCCAACACCGGUCAGCUCGUCUGGCACUGUGCCUCCGGUCAAGCGAUCACGCUGGUCCAUUGGCAGAACAUGCCCCGUCCCUCGGCUGUGGACCCGCCCCCCGGCAUGUCGCUCCGCAACCGAAUCCCCGGCCACGAGUACUGGCAGAGACAUGUCAACCGGGUGUUCGAGGACAUCCUGUCCGCGCGGGGUCGGCUGGUGCGCCCGGAUGCGAGAAUCAGUGUUGUGGGGGCCUCGGAGGGAGGGCUGGGUGCUCUUCGGUACCUGAAUAAGCACUGGAGUUCCUGGAGACCAUUCAUCUCGGCGAUCUGUCUCGCCAAUCCGCUUCAACUGGCCAGGAUCGAGUUCGGGAGCGACUACGAGAACGCCGCCUCGGCGGAUUCGACCUCCUUUGCGGCCUUUGUGGCGUCCCGCUGCCGCGGGUAUGUGCUGUCGGACCAGCCCCUGGGGGUUCCGGUCGAGGCGAUGCUUGAUAGUGGGUGCAAUUGCUACGCCUCGGGCGAGGGAUUGAACUCGGAGUGCAUCAUGCUGAAGGCGUGGAGGCAUGCGCUGGGGUGGCUGAACCAGGCUUUUGCGGAUCCGGGCUACGGAGAGGCGAGGUUGGAGAUUAUGCAUUUUGACGGUGGUGAGUUGGAUGAUACAGUGGAGGCUGAUGGGGAUGAUGCGGUCGAGGCGAACGUGGCUGAAGACGGAGAGCGCUCUUAGGUUGCGUUGUCUUUGUUUUUGUGGUUCGGCUUUUUAGGUGAACGAGCAUGCUGAACCUUGACAUACAUCAUGUCUUGUAG